CCAAGAUUAAGCGCCAUUUUCACGAAAAACCUGCAAUCCAAUUCUCCGUAAAUCACUUGGGAACUUCGGCGAAGGGUGAUCGAGCCCAUUGGAAAAGCCGAAAAGGAGAAAUCAUUUCAUUGGGAAUUACAUGGAAACUUCCGCGCAUUUUCGUACCGGAUUUCAGGCUUUGUGGGGCACACGUCUGUAAACAAAAUCAUUCCCUUUUCAUCGGAAAGGGAAUCGUUGCCGACGGUUCAACAUCCCAGGUAUGCAUUCACCGGGAAGGCCAAAACGUCCAUUAAAACGCAGACAUAUAUAUUACAGGUUAGUGAACCAUCACGAAUAAAUGCAAUAUACAAACGGCAAAUCAAAUCAAAUUCAAGGUGAUAUCCUAUUUGCAUUAGAACUUCAGGAACAUGGGGAUGUAUUGUCUGUUGAAUGAGUUGACGACGUUUAAGAGGAGGAGUGCUGUCAAGGUUCGAGUGGUUAGAUCCUACACUGUAACGGAAAGGAGGGGCUCAUCCGAGAUCAAGAGUAAAGAGCUGGUUCUGCACGACGAAGAGGCAACUGUAAUACAUGCCUGUAUACCAAAGGAUGUUCUACCAAAAUUCCCCGAAAGGUUUUUAGAAGGGAGUGUCUAUUGUUUCAAAAACUUUUAUGUUGUUGCAAAUUGGCAUACGUACAAGACUAGCAUGCACGAGUUCAUGCUGCAGUUCAAUCAUGAGACUAUCAUGAAAGAAUCUAGGUCUGAAAAUUUCCCUUACCACAUGUACAGACCCAUACCCUUCCAUACUUUGAAAAGUAAUCCAGCAAUAGAUGUCAAGCAAUUGAUUGAUGUAAUUGGCCGUAUUGUUGAAAUACGUGCUCCCCAAGAGAAAACAAUCUCUGGUCACAGUACUGUUCUAAUCGACUUUGUUCUGGAAGAUGCUAUGGGUAAUCGUUUGAACUGUACCUUUUGGGAUGACCAUGUAGCCAAACUGGAACCACUCUGCCGAUCUGCUUCGAAGGACCCUGUGGUUGUGUUGAUCCAAUUCUGUAGAAUCAAACUUGGUGGUAGAGAUGGUGAUGUGAAAAUAUCUUCUUCAUAUGAUGUUACUCAACUCCUAAUUGAUGUGGACUGCCCUGAGAUUCAGAACUUCAAAGAGAGUCUGUUGGACAUUGGUGAACAAACUCCAAUGCGCAGUAUAGGUUCAAUGACAAGCUUCAGUUUCACAAACAGCAUUGAAGAUUCAACCAGUAGGAAGAUGGAGUUGACUACCAUUUCUGAGAUCUAUGAGAAUGAAAUGCAUGGAGAAUUCUGGGUUGCUGCCAAGAUCAAUGGUAUUGAAAAAUCCAAUGAAUGGUGUUAUAGUUCAUGUCGAAAACUGGGAUGCAACAAGAAACUUAAAAUGUUAGAAGGUGAUCUCAAAUGUACAAAGUGUAACAUGACUUGGAAAAAUGGAGUUCUAAGGUAUAAACUUAGGCUUAGGGCUGUUGACAUGAAGGGUACUGCUGCCUUUAUUUUGUGGGAUAGAGAGUGCAUGGAACUAAUAGGAACAUCUGCCACUGACUUAUACGAGAGGAAUAAGAAUACUGCAGGUCCCAUAAAGGAAAUCACAGGAUUAGUUGGCAAGAUAAUGUUAUUUAGAAUUUCUGCAAAUACAGACCAAUUUAUCAAUCGGUCGUAUGCCUUUCCAGUUUUAAGGAUUAACAAUGACAGCAAGUUCGUUGAACAGUAUUGCAAGGAGCUGUUUGCUGCUCAUGACAAGGAAGUUAACUCUACGGUACAAUUAAGUGAUGGUGACGAUGAAUUCCUACAGCUAUUAUCAUUGUAUUAA